GUCCCGGCAAUAGCGGCGGCCAGCCGAGGGGCCCUAGGGGAUAUCAAGAACAGCAGAGAGGGAGGGGCGUGGCUUUCCCGCUGGGUGGGUGGCCUGCCCGCUGCUCCGCCUCCUUGGCAGCCGCCUCCGCGCGCCAAAAUCAAAUCCUGGGCGUGCUGGCGGGACACAACCUAAGAAGAUCCUGGUUCCCGCUUACAGGCCGGCGGCCGAGGCGGCGGCGUCUCAAGCACCUGUGCGGACUUCCCAGCCCUUCUUGCCGUAAGCGAUCCGACGGCCACUAGACCAGGAAUGGCCACCCCGCCCAAGAGGAGCUGCCCAUCUCCUGCGAGCAGCUCUGAGGGAACCCGCAUCAAGAAAAUCUCGAUCGAAGGGAACAUCGGUGCAGGAAAGACAACAUUUGUGAAUAUCCUUAAACAAGUCUGUGAGGAUUGGGAAGUGGUUCCUGAACCUGUUGCCAGAUGGUGCAAUGUUCAAAGUACUCAAGAUGAAUUUCAGGAAUUGACAACAUCUCAGAAAAGUGGUGGAAAUGUUCUUCAGAUGAUGUAUGAGAAACCCGAGCGAUGGUCUUUUACCUUCCAGUCAUAUGCCUGCCUCAGUCGAAUUCGAGCUCAGCUUGCUGCUCUGAAUGGCAAGCUCAAAGACGCGGAGAAACCUGUAGUAUAUUUUGAGCGAUCUGUAUAUAGUGACAGGUAUAUUUUUGCAUCUAAUUUGUAUGAAUCUGAUUGUAUGAAUGAAACAGAGUGGACAAUUUAUCAAGACUGGCAUGACUGGAUGAAUAACCAGUUUGGCCAAAGCCUUGAACUGGAUGGAAUCAUUUAUCUUCGAGCCACUCCAGAGAAAUGCUUGAGCAGAAUAUAUUUACGGGGAAGAAGUGAAGAGCAAGACAUUCCUCUUGAAUAUUUAGAGAAGCUUCACUAUAAGCAUGAAAGCUGGCUCUUGCAUAGAACACUGAAAACCAACUUUGAUUAUCUACAAGAAGUGCCUAUCUUAACACUGGAUGUUAAUGAAGACUUUAAAGACAAACAUGACAGUCUGGUUGAAGAGGUCAAAGAAUUUUUGAGCACUUUGUGAUCUUGCUGAAGACUACAGGCAGUGAAAUGACUCCAGAUACUUCAGCUUCGUGUGUCUUUGUAGCGUCAUAGUCAUACAUGUCUCUUAGAAAACCCAAGUUUUUAACCAUUUUUGUUCCAAGAAAAAAACUUUUUUUAAUGAAUCCUGUAUAAGAUUUUAUGACCGGUUUCUCUCCCCUCCCCCCUUUUUUCUCCCCCGUCUUCCUCUCACUUCUCCUUCUUCCCUCCCUCUUCCCUCUUCCCCCCUCUCCUCUCUUUUUUCUUAAGAGGAAUCUAAGGAACAAAAUUAA